ACAAACUGGUGUACAAAAAAAAUAAAUAAUGAGUUCAUCGGAGUGUUCGUCUGAAGAAUCCGAAGCUGAAGAAGUGCGACGAAAUAUUGCUGCGGAAGCUGCUGACAUUAUCCAAAAUUUAGCACCCUCAAAAUCUGUGCAACGCUACAGAAAUUGCUAUGAUCAAUUUAUCAGUUGAAAGGCUUCAAAUCGUAUUAAUUUAAUCAAUGAAGAUGUUUUAUUCGUACAUUUUAAAGAUUUAUUUAAAACGUUGGAACCCCCGACAAUUUGGAGUCGCUGGUCGAUGCUAAAAACCAUGAUUAGUAUUAAUCAUAGCAUCGAGAUUAAAAAUUACAAUAGAUUGAAGACAUUAAUUAAAAAUAAUGCUAAAGGUCAUCGUCAGAAGAAGGCAAAAGUAUUCUCAUGGAAUGAGAUAAAGAAGUUCAUCGAUGAGGCACCGGAUGAUGGUUAUUCGAUUGAAAAAGUUGUUGCGAUUUUUGGCAUUGCUGGAGCAAUGAGAGGUGGAGAAUUUCCUGAAUUACGAGUACAAGACGUUGAAGAUACCGGCAGUCAGCUGAUUGUUACCAUCUUGAAGACAAAAACAGACUAUCCUCGCACUUUUGUAAUUGGCCCGGAAUACCGCAAUAAAAUUUUGCAGUACAAAGCUCUACGACCUAAGAACUCCAAUACGGAUAGGUUUUUAUUACACUUUCAGAAGGGUCGAUGUGUACGUCAAGUCAUCGGUAAAAAUAUAUUCGGACAAGUCCCUAAAAAAAUUGCUACAUAUUUGAAUUUACCCGAACCCGAGAAAUAUACCGGUCACAGUUUUCGGCGUACGUCAACAACGUUGUUGGCUGAUUCUGGAGUUUCAAUGACGACAAUCAAGCAACACGGAGGUUGGAGAUCAGAUGCGGUAGCCAGUGGAUAUAUUGAAAAUUCGAUCCGGAACAAAAAAAAAAUUUAUGAUCAAAUUAUGAAUAUUAGUCAAUCUUCGGCUACAGUGACACAUACAUUAACUUCGACAAUUCAAACAACACCAAACUUGCAAUUGACAGCUCAUCCAAUGACAGAAGCUCCUAAAAUUUAUUCAACACCUAUAACAUCAUCAGCUGUUACAAAUACAGUUACAUCGUCAUCAACAGCUUAUACUCCAAAGACAAUUGCAUCACCCAUUACACAUAAAAUUACAUCAACAACAACAGCUCACACAACAACAACAACAACAACAACAACAACAACAACAACAACAACAUCAUCUACUUAUCCAAUAAAUUCAACAGUUUUAUAUAAUACAUCCAGAGCAUCAUCAGAAGAUAUAUCAUCACCACUUGAAAUGGAUCAUGAUUUGGUAAUGGACUAUUUCAAUGAUGAUUUCUCAGCUCCAAUCGAGGAAAAAAAGACUGAGCACUCAAAAUCCUCUUCAAAACCUGUCCGACCGAAUACUCACUCUCCCAAUAGUGGACUGCUUGAUGCGAAGCGGAGGAAAAAAAUUUUUCUGAAGAAUGAUGACAUCCAAAAUAUUUUAAAAAGUAUUCCGGAAAAUGCAAAUAUGAAAAUUGUCUGA